CGGACGUUUUCUCUAAGCAUCGGACGUACAGUUUUCCUGCUGGAACCUGAAGGCAGCAUGUGCACGGUGCAGCAGUUAAAUCCCUCCCCGGAUCUGACAGGCACGCACGCACCUUGUGCUUGUAAACACAAGCUCACACGUGACACCGAGAGCCGAGCCGCGUCGCGCGACGGCAUUGUCUGAGAUCGGACAAAGAGCCACACGGUGAGAGCGCGAGCAGCGGCCAGGUAAACGGCCAGGUGUCAUGGCAACCGACGGUUUCUGCCGCAGUACGAACCCGACUUUUAACCUCCGGUCACCCCGCGGUGUCCGAGCCAGUCCGGCCGCCUGAACUUCUUCAUGUCCGUUCGGAGGGACGACGACGGUUGCUGCGUUUUCGGCCGCUCGCUCGCAGCUGGCGGCGGCUUAGCGACGCACGAGAGUCUUUGUUUGUAAAUUUAUCCGCGCGGUGUUUUCGCCGCCGCUGCUGCGCCAAAUCUCACUUUUUAUUAGCUGCUGUUAGCGGCUGUUAGCUUGCAGCACCGUUUAGCCUCGAGGCUAACGUUAACCUACGUGUCGUGUUUACUGGCUGGAUGCGAUGUCUUUCACCAUGGAGGACAACCUGGAGUCCGGCUGGGUGUCCGUCCGGCCCAGAGUCUUCGACGAAAAAGAGAGACACAAAUUCGUUUUCAUCGUGGCCUGGAACGACAUCGAGGGAAAGUUCGCCAUAACCUGCCACAACAGAACCGUGCAGAGACGGAGCACCGUUCUGGACCUCGAUUGUAGCCCCGCCGCGGGGCUUCCUGCCCCCGAAAAACACACGAAAAGUACCCUCACGACGCCGAAAGAUGAAGUCUGCCAGGCGGGUAAAGUUAGACCGCACUCAGUCCCCAAAGGAAAAACCACAACAAAUACUCAGAAGGCUGCGAAAGUCGGCGGUUCUAAGACAUUUGAGUGCGUCAGUCCCACUCUGGGGUCCUGGGAUAUUGUGACACCCAAGAUAGUUGAAAUGGAGAUCCUGGACCCGGUGGAUGUCCUGCUGUCUCCGGAUGACCCGGGAGACGGUGAGGGCAGCGGCCGGGAGGACUUCAGCUGGGCCGGGCUGUUCUCUUUCCAGGACCUGCGGGCUGCCCACCUCCAGCUGUGCGCCGUCAACUCGGACCUGGAGCCGUGUUUACCCUCGUUCCCGGAGGAGCAGUCCGGCAUGUGGACGGUGAUCUUCGGGGCCCCCGGGGUGUCUCAGCGGGAGACGGAGGCCCUGUGCUACCAGCUGCAGGUGUACCUGGGUCAUGCCCUGGACACCUGCGGCUGGAAGAUCCUCUCACAGGUGCUUUUCUCCGAGAGCGACGACACCGAGGAGUACUACGAGAGCCUGAGUGAGCUGAGGCAGAAGGGCUACGAGGAUGCUCUGGAGAGGGCCAAGAGACGCAUGCAAGAGGUGUUGGACAAGCACAAAGCUUUGGACAGCAUGGUGGAGCUGCUGCAGGUGUACCCCGAGGAGGACGAGGCGUAUGGAGAGCUGCUGGAGGCAACAACUCAGCUUUACCACUACCUGCUUCAGCCCUUCAGGGACAUGAGGGAACUGGCAAUGUUGCGUAGACAGCAGAUUAAGAUCUCUCUGGAGACGGAGCGCCUGGGUCCUCGUCGUGUGGAGAGCCUGAGGAAAGAGGAUGAGGAGUGGCAGAAGAAGGCUCAUGCCGCCGUGCUCUCCAUUCAAGACCUGACUGUCAAGUUCUUUGAAACCACGACUCGAGCUCAGAAAGCUCUGUAUGAGCGGAUGCGUGCUGACCAGAGGAAGUUCGGCAAGUCGGCGUGGACAGCAGCGGUUGAACGCAUGGAGCGACUGCAGUACGCCGUUUCCAAAGAAACUCUGCAGCUGAUGAGGGCUAAGGAAAUCUGCCUGGAACAGAAGAAGCAUGGCUUGAAGGAGGAGAUGCAGAGUCUGCAGGGUGGUGAGGAUGCGAUGCUGCGCCUGGACCAGCUGGAGGCGCUGUACUACGAGCUACAGCUGCAGCUCUACGACAUCCAGGCCGAGGUGCUGCGCUGCGAGGAGCUGCUGCUGACUGCACAGCUGCAGAGUCUGCGCCGGCAGAUGACAGAGCGGCAGGAUGAGGUGGUGUACUAUGAUGCCUUUGAGAGCCCUGAUGCCAUGAAGGGUGUAGAAGACCCAGCGACCCCGCCGUCGCCCCUCAGAGAUGAAGAACUCGGCGUCCUACAGCAGAGGACCCGGCAGCUGGAGGCCCGCAGGGGCCGCAUCACUGCCAAGAAAGCCUACCUCAAAAACAAGAAGGAAAUUUGCAUCGUUAAUCACAACCAGAAGAUACAACAGCGCCAAGGUAGCCACGCUGACAGCAGCUCUCCUCUGAUGCAGCAACAGGGAGGAGAAGCUGAUGAAGACGACGAAGCCAAGCAGAACGCCAGAGUGAGUCAGGAGAGGCAGAGGACUCUGGACAGGCUUCGCAGCCUCAAACAGCGCUAUCCAGGACAGGUGACCGUGAAGUCCAGCCGGCUGCGUCUGAGUCAGGCCCACAGUCGGAGGCGAGUCGGGCAGCAGCCCAGCACCCAGGCGGCCAGCGUUCAGACCGACUGCUCAGAUCUCCCAGAACUCUCUGCUCCUCCUCCACCCGACACCUGCGACUGCGAUAGCGUGUCUUUACCCACAGUCGAUCUGCGAAGCCUCGACUCCUCGCCUCCCUUCCUCUCGCUGCCUCCCCUCUCAGCCUCCCCGUCUAUUCUCUCGCUCGGUCCUCCUCCACCUCCUCCCCCACCGCCUCCUCCGCCACCACCUCCCCCGCCUCCCUCCUCAGAGGACCAGCGGCAGGUCGAGGAGGGGAGGCAGAAGGAUCCCGCAGGAAGUCCGGUGAGGAACCUUCAGUGUGAGUCGGAAUCCGCCUCACUGCCGCUGGCUCCGUUCUCCCCACGAUUCUUCGACAGCAGCCAGCUGGUGACGGCGAGGAAGAAGCUGAGAAAGACGGCGUCUCUGGACUCAUCGCAGUGGAGGAGAGCGAGCUCCCCCAUGGAUGAAGUGCUGGCCUCUCUCAAACGCGGCAGUUUCCACCUGAGGAAGGCCGAGCUGAGGGUCCUGGGCCCCGACCCGGACGACGACAGCAACAACAUCCUGGCUCAGAUCAGACAGGGCGUCCGGCUGAGGAAGGUACGGACCCGGCCGGAGCAGCAGCGCCACCCCAAGGGCUUCCCCCACUCAGCCGACGCUCUGACCCGCAGCAUCCACGAAGCUCUGAGGAGAAUCAAAGAGGCCUCGCCAGAGUCUGAGUCCGAGGAUGAAGGCCUGCCCUGCGCUGACUGGGAAAGCUAAUUUGAUUGGAAGAAUAUUUUUGAUCUUUUGUGCAUACAUGGAGCCAAAACGAAGAGAAAAUGAUGGCCCAAGCUGAGCAGACAAACCGGGGUUAAAUCACCUGGACAUACCUUGGUGCAAUUUGAACAAAAACCCUUGAUUUUUUUUUUUUUGGUUUUGUUUUUGUUUUUUAAAAAUAUAUAUGUAUCAGAAGACUUUUUUUUCAUACUUGUGUUUGUAAAGACGGACCACUAAUCUUUUUUUAUGUCGUUGCUGUGGCGCUCUGGGCGAGGAUACAACCUCUAACCUCUCAUUAUGUCCGAGUCGUACUGUAGCUCGCUGUGAUGGGUUUGUUUUAGGAAGUGAGCAUCAUGUUCCUCUCGCUUACAGUGACAGCAAACGUUCACUGAAUACGUUCGCUGCACACUUUUACAUUUUUACUAUACAACUAUUUGUACUGUACAUCUUCAUCCUGAAUGCAGGAUCUGACGCUUAUGUGAGGAAGAGUUUGACAUUUUGGGAAACACACUGCCGCCUGUAGCUUCAUAUUUAGCAUACACAUGAGAGGGGUAGUAACAUUCAUAUUUACAAGCGUAUUUCCCAAAAUUGCCAAACGGUGGCUUUAAUUUGCAAAUGUGGGUCAUCGUGUCGUUAAAGAAUGUCAACAUGGAGCAUGACUUGUUCCACUUUUAGCAUUUUAGCUUGUCCAGAUAGAAGGAUGAACAGUAAGGUGAUGAAACAAGAGUUUCAGUUUGAAUCUCCAACAUAUAGUUCAGCUGGAGGCUGUUAAUGUGCUUUAAAACUCUGUUGGAGCAGUUUAAAGCAGAACGCGGGGGUGUUUACAGGUAGCUGCCAAAAAUAGUCACACCCCUCCUGCUUGAGUUGGUCAAAUCCAAGAAAAAAACAAAACAAAACUCGUGCAGGGUUUUUUCUGUAUAGAUGAAUUUCUGGUGCAUCCCAAAGAGGUUUGUUGCAGGAAGUGUCAAAGGAAAAUCCCCAGUGGCAAAACUGUCAAUUGAGGUCUCAUUUACACAAAUAUAACAAACAUUUAUGUUUAUCUGAGGGUCAGAAAUAUCAGGAAAAUAUGUAGAUUUCUGUCAAAUACAGUAAAACAGACUCACCGUCUUUACUGUAGUGCGUAGUCGCCGAUGAAGGCCCGUUCUGAGUCAGGGACGACCCUGAUACACUUGUAGCUUCAGGUUGAUUGUAUCGUUAUCUCUGGUGUCUGUCAGGAGUGAACGUCCAUAAAAGCCUCUUAGAAAUCACAGAAAGAAGGAACGCAGCCAUAGUCGCCUGCACAUCCAUAAAUAAUGUGUUUACCUGCAGGUCGCACAGGAUCAGACGCCCAGCUGGGCUCCGACACACAGGAAACCCGUAGACUUGAGAUCCUGCUGCAUGCAGACGUACAGCGAGUGAGAAGAAGCAGGCGGACAGAUCGGAUAUUUCCACCAUCGCUUAGCAGCCAACACUGGAAAUGUUAGCACACAAACAGCCGUAGCUUCUCGUUUAUCCGUUGACUUGUGCGUACUCUUGUGAUACUGUUAAUGCCAGCUCAGUAUUGUCACAACAUAUAUACAUAAAGCGUUUAUAUUUCAGCUCCAUUCGAAGUAUAAAUGAUUACUUGAAUCUAGAUUUGUUCUAGCUGUUUUCUGUCACUCUGCGAGAUGGAGAAUGGAUUUACUGUAAUAUUUAAAUACCUGCACAGGAUUCCCUCUGGUUAGUUAGUUGGGUUAAAUGCUUUGACUAAACGGAAAAAAAACAGACGUAAGUGGCUUUAUUGUAGCUACAGUCUUCAGAUGUUAGAAUUAGAGCACAGAGAAUUGACCUGCAUCUGUUUUUUGCCAGUUUUUAAAAACAAAAUUCUCUGGAUUGCAGCUUCUCCAGUAGGACGGUUUGCUGCAUUUUCUCUGUUUUAUGUAAUUGUAAACUGAAUAUCUUGAGGUUUUGGGUGUUUGGUUGGACAAAAUUGAAGAUGUUGCUAUGGACUUUAGGACAGUGUGAUGGGUAUUUUUCAUAAUUUCAUACACAUAAAUGAUUUUAAAGAACCAGCAGAUCACUUCAUUGAAGAUGCUUUUCUAUGGUGAAGCUUGUUGGCAGGGAUUCGUUGAGGCUUCACUGCCCUCUGCUGGUAACCGCCCUCACAACAUUUGGAUCAUAUGUGAUGUUUAUAUUUAUUUUGCAGUUUGUUAUUUUCACUGUCACUCUCUUUCCACUGCCUUGUUCUUCUUUUUUUUUUUUCUCACACAUUUGUUUUCCGAGCUUACUCACUUUUACUGGAGUUGUUGUUUGAGUUUGUUGUGUGUGUGAUUUUUAUAUCAGCUGUCAAACCUGUUUUUCACUGAAACCCACAUUUUUCUAGAUGUAAUAUGUCAUGCACCGAGCACCGGGGCUUAGCUUAAAGGAACGCUUCAACAGUUUCUUUUCUUACUUGCUGACAGUUUUGAAGAGGAGAAUAACACUGUGUUUGUGUGUUAAAUAUGAAGCUGGAGCAGGGGAAACGACGAGCCUGGCUCUGGCCAAAGAAAAAUGUAUACAAAUCUGCCUCUAAAUCCCACAAACGAUCAUGUCAGGUCUCACUGCAGGACAGUUUUUGGCUGGUUUUACACCAAAGCAGGUAGUUUACACAUAUCCCAUGUGGAAUUAACCCUAAACGAGUCGCACAUCUUGUAUGAAAUUUCAUCUGAAACCUCUGUAGUGCCAUUUUGUCCAUAAAAAUGUGGACAUUAACUACGACACUCAUGGUGUAGUUCAGCAGCAAACAGUCCUCAGUUUAUGUCAAACCAUACGUUUCGCUUUAAGUACUCAGUUUUCCAAAAUUUUAAUGAACAUCGGCAGAUAAACGUGUAUAGACCUGCUUAGAAAGAAGAGAGCAGAAGCUCCAGAACCUGCCUGGAUCAUCCCAGUUUUAGGUGUUCUUCAGUUGUCACCUCUUCCUAUGUUCCAUGUCAGAUAGGAACUCUUAAUAGUAAUGCAUUGUUCAGAUCAUAACCAGAUAUGAUCAAAUAAACGUAUGUAGACAUGAUUAGAGAGCCUUUUGAAAAACAUCUUCAGAAUCAGUGAUUUUACAUCUACUCCAUGAUCAAUGUGAUUGAUUGAUAAGUUGUCAGUACAUACAAUGUUCAUAGUAAGAAGGAAUUUAUUAAUAACAUAUUUGAUGUACUUAACAUCCCAAAAUAUGAACAAAUGCAGCCAAAUAAAUGUCAAAAACUGUCGUAGAAAUCAUAGACUUGCUUGAGAAUAACCAGUUGUCUCUGCUUCCAGAGUGUCAAACUGGAGCUGCUAAUAGCAAAUUUGUCUCAUUCAAAAUUCAAAAAUGCAGUUUCUGCUGGGUUACAGAAGUAGUUUCACCACCAGAAACGCUGAGCCGAGCCAGCUGUCGUUUCCCUCUGAUUCCAGAAUCAUAUUUGUCGCACAUAACACUCUGCAAGAAAAACCAUUGUAUGAAGAGGGUGACUCCUGCUUAAAGCAUCCAGUUACAGAUGGGCUGCUGCUGCUGAGUGUUAAAGUCAUCAUGAAUACUGUGCUCGCAGGUCCUCCUCACCCUCCUGCUGUCAGUGGCAGCAGAUCAUCUGAUCUUGCCCCUUUUUUGUUUAUUUAACCUCUCUCGGAUCAUUCUGACACGUAGAUUUUCUUCCGACCUGAACAGUUUGACCUUUACGACCUUAUGCAUGUGACUGGUUUGAGGACAAACCCAUCACAACGUAAGUGCAAUAAUGAAAGAGUCAUUUUAUGAAUUAUACUGUAAUGAAAUGUAAAUCCUGAAAAAACUAUUAUCCGCAUGCCUAAAUGUAUUGAAGUAUUUAUUGAAGCUUCAUAUUUUAAAGAAUUUUUAAAAUGUAAAUGUACUUUAUAAGGUUUUUCUUUUUGUUUCCUAUCAUGACAUUCCUCUCUGCUUUCUAUAUCCCAGUUAUAUAUAUAUUUUUUGUCCUUUCAAAAUAAAAUGAAGCACCAAACUG